GAAUAUGGGCAAUGACUGAAUAGAUGAAAAGAGCGAAAGCAUUACGGUAAUAUAUAAUACUUACUUCGCAUUGAAUACUCCCUUAUAUGGUAUAAAAGUGGAAGAAAGGAAGAAUAAGACAAGUGUGGCAUACGUUGCAUUUGAAAACCCCCUUGUAAGGCGGCGCAGUGAAAUAUGAGGAUGAUAAUUCUUGUAAGAGAUCAGGCGUUCAGAAUGGGUGUGGAAAUGGGGCGUGUAAGGCUGAACGCUGCAAUUUAGCGGAGAGAAGAUUGUAGGUAUCGCCAGAGAUGAUAAAUAGCGGAGUUAGCGGUGUACAUUAUGGAGUCGUAUGGUGUCUGGAAUGUGAAUGGGUUGAGAAGAGAUGGUAUGGUGAUGAUGUGAUGAUGAGAAAGAUGGCACUGACUGGUACUGUGGAGGUUACGCUAUUGUGGUGAUGAGAAAUGAUGAUGAAUAGUGAUGAGAGAUGGAAAGAGGUAGGUCAUGUGGGAGAUAGGAAAGGGAGAAUGAAUGGGCUUAGUAAUUACAUGUUUUUUUUGAAUGAUAAAUGGUGAAAUGGAAUGAGUAACAAUUACUAACGACGGGGAAGACAAUAGAUGGAAGAGAGGAAAAAAAAUAAGGUACGUUAAGGUAGGCUAAGUAGAUGGAUAUGAUGAUAAUGUUAAAAUGACUAGUAUUUUUGCAAGGGUAAGUGAAGUGAAGUGGUGGUGAUGCGAUGAGUAACAGAUAACAAAAGUGAAGACAAGAGUAGGUUGGUUCCGAACACACGAGAUUGUAGUGGAAGUGACGAGAGGUUGAAGGAAAGUCUUGCGGAGUUAACAAGAGGAAGACAAAGAAUAGGUUAGUUCUGAACACACGAGAUUGUAGUGGAAGUGACGAGAGGUGGAAGGAAAGUCUUGCGGAGUUAACAAGAGGAAGACAAAGAGUAGGUAAACGAUAGAAAAUAAAAAAAAUAAAGGAAGUGAAAGAAAAUUCAGAAGAAGAAGAAGAAGAAGAAGAAGAAGAAAACAAACAAAUAAUUAGCUCAAGUCAUCUCACAUCGUCUGUAGGGAGGCGGAUUCAUUCGUCUAUACAGAGAGGUGGAUUCACGCAUCUAUACACCCCAUGAAGUCCGUCAGCUCCAGAUCUGAGUUAAUCCCUCACCUGCCGCGGUAGUCCCAGAGCAGCGGGCGCGCCUCACUCAGCGUCAGAAGGGGCGUGGGGCGUGACAGGAGCAGCAGGUACCCACGGCAGCCUCCAGACGCCCACUUCACCUUCAGGAGAUCCGCCACGGUCACACAGCAGGAUGGUCCCUAAGGCUUCCCCCCUGCCGCUGUCCCCGCCCCCCCUGGCACCCCCGCCUUCCUCGCCAGGGUGAUGGCUCUCCCUGCCCUCAACCAAGCCAUUCACACCUUCUACGACACUGGAAAGAGUAACGUGGUGGUGGGGGCGGCGUUGAGAGCAGCUGAGAGGAGCGUGAGAGUGGCCGCGACUGGAGCCCUGCCCCUGGCCAACCCUCUGGUGGAGCGCGUGGGCGGGUGGGCGGCCCUGGAUGAGUGGGCGUGUCGCGGUCUGGACAGGGUGGAGAAAGCCGUACCCAUUAUCAGCCUGCCCGCGGAGGAGAUCGUGCACAGGACUCGCAAAACAGUGCUGGCUACAGUGGCUGGAGACAACGUGAUCGUGCCCACAACCCUGCUGGAGGCUGUGAGGUCCCGGGCCAACAGACUGGUGGAUCAGCUGGUGGAGGUGCCAGUGAUGAAGCAAGUGACGGGGCUGGCGGAGACCUCCCUCGACGCAGCGGAGCGAUACCUAGAGACGUUGCUUCCGCGGGGCAAAGGGGACCGCCGCCAGAGCUUGGUUCCCGGGGAGGGCGUGGUAAGCCGCACACUGCUGCUGAGCCAGAGAGCGUCCCACCGCCUGUACCGCGCCGCCGUCAGGAGGAUGCGGCCUGACCUCACCUACGACCCCUCGGCCACCAUCACCCUGGCCAUGGUGGUGAACUACAGCCGCACCUCGCUGCUGGACCAGCUGUCGGAGCUGGCGCGCCACCCUGACCCAGGCGAGCGGUUUAGCCCCGUGAUGGGCGCGGUGCGCUGGCCGGUGCGCCGCGCCGCUGACGCCGCCGCCAGCCUGGCCCUUGCUUACGACAGGCUCUCCGCCCGCGGCUUUCAGCUGGCGGACCAGUACCUGCCCCGCGUGACCGUGUCUAUCUCCCGCGCCCGCGCCUCCGCCACGGACGCCGCCGAGAGGGUCAUGCAGCUGCUGCAACAAUCAGGCUUGACGCGCAGGCAGGCAUUGGCCCGCCUGUCACAGCUGAUGCAGGAGGGCACGGCGCUGGUCAGGGAGAGGCUGGGCGCCGUGAUGCCGCUGCUGCAGACGCGCCUGCAGGCCGUCAUGCAGCAGACCACGCAGCUGCUUGUCCUGCUGCAGAAGGUGGCCGCGGAGUCCGCCGUGCCCUUCAUGCAGGGUAGGGUGGACGUGCUAAGGCGGCAGAUGGCCGAGGUGACGCCCGCCCUGCAGGCCGCCCUCAUGUCCCUGCGGGAGGCGGCGGCGGAUCUGGCCGUCACCCUGAGGGAGUCCCUGGUGGUGAUGGCGCCCGUGGUGCGGAAGAGGGUGGAGGCCUUCGUGGACUCGCUGCCGCUGGACCCCAGGACGCAGGUGGAGGUGAAGGAGAUGGUGGUGAAGGGCGCGGAGGAGGCGCGGGUGUGGGGCAGCGCGGGCCUGGUGGCGCUGCGCAUGUCGCCUGGCAUCGCUCUCUACGCCUCCAAGCUCACCAGGCGCUUCCUCACAAACCUGCUGAGUGACGUCCUGUCCUCCACGCCCCUUGACGCCACCACCGCCGCCACCACCACCACCACCACCACCACCGCCAGCACCAGCAGCCCGCGGCCCGCCCUGGUGCCCGUCAAGGUGACCAUGGUGAUGCCGCGGAAGGGCAGGAAGAGUCCCUCUAGAGAAGACAAAACGAAAUAAAGAAAAAGCGAACGAAGGACGAAAUAUACACGCACUUUUUCCCCGAGUGUUUUUAUGUAAUUUUCCUCACAAUUCCUGUAGCUUCAACUUGCUGGAGAUUUCUUAGUAACGAAUUACAGAGGGAAAAAAAAAAAAAAUCGAACGAAAUAUAAGAUAAUACGUACACUUUUAUGCCGCGCGCUCUUAAUUUCUUUUCCUCAAUUUCUUCAGCUUUAAUACACUUGAGUUUUGUUCUUAGUAUGCUUUUAAAGGUGAUGGAAUAUCAUGCAACGGAAAUUUGUGUCGUUCCGGUACACUGUGAUAGAGAAAUUGUUACUCUUUUUUUUUUUUUUUCAAUAUUUCUUUUAUCUGUUUGUCUGAAAAGUAAUUAUAACAGGAGGUGUGUUUGUAGUCAGUUAUUAUUAUUAAUUGUUAUUAUUUUUAUUAUUAUUAUCAUUACUAUACUAUUAUUAUUAUUAUCUAUAUAUAUAUUACUAUUGUACCAUUUUGUUUUCUAAGCUGAUUAGAAUGUGUUACAUCUUCCCAAGCUCAUUUUUUCAUUUACUUUUCCGCUUUUUUUUCCUUUUUUGUAAUAUAAUCAGAAAAUUGUCCUAUUUUCCAAAGAUAUGCCCCUGUUU